AUGCUUUCAACAACUUCAAGCGCCAAUGGUGGGCGAACCUUGGACACUCUGCCCACCGAGAUCAAAAACGAGAUCUUCUCCCAUCUCCUCUUGAGCAAGAACGUCAAAUAUUCCACCAAGGGCAAGCAACCUGGCCACAAGUACAAGUUCGACACUUCCAUCAUGCUUGUCAACAAGAGACUCAACCAGGACGCGUCCGUGUAUGUUCGAAGCCACAACGAGUUCGUCCUCAUCCACACCAAAUGGUUUGUCUUUGAGAUCGACCAAGGCAGGUUCCUCCCUUACGUCGCUGUCGGAAACGCGGCCAAAGCCUUCAAGUGUCCCACCGUGGAAGCCACGAUCAAGCAUCAGAGUACUAAAUGCGGGUGCACUCCUGGCUCGGACUGUUCUGUCAGGCACCAGCGAGUGCCGGAAAAGGUGACCCGUGCUCUGUUGAUGGCCGAAGAUCUGGACGUCUUUAUCAGACAUCUCAGAUUGGCCUACCACAUCUGGCCAACCCUUCCCAUCUACGUCCACUCAGCGCCUGGUGAAAGUCCUGUCGAGUGGUCAGCCAGUCCAGCUCAGACGCAUAUCGAUUUUGUUUGGAAGAUCAACAAGCCGCUCCAUCAGGACCUCACUCAAGCCGAGCUGCGCCAGCGUCAGAUCAGACUGUUGGAUCCCAUCUCCAAGCUUGUCAAUCAUGGACAGAAUGUCAAGAUACUUGGUGCCGAACAUGAUCUUGCGUCCAGCACGGUCAGAGCUAUGGCCCCACGCCUACUCUCGCUCGAUGCCGUCGGCUGGGACCUUUACCACCUCAUCAAGGCCGAGAAGCAGUACUUGGAUCAGAUACCUAACCAUCAAACACCGAAGCAACUUGACCUGAACAACGCCUACCAGGAUAUCGCCGGCCUUGGAUGGCUCUUUCCUGACAACAACGAAUCAACCUCGACAGCCUUCAUCUUCAAGGCCGACUCACCCGGCUUCAACGCAGAGGGCGUGCCCUUGGCGUACUGGUCCAUGGAGAAUGGACAACAUGACCAAGAUACUUCCUCCUGGCAAUACCACGUACAAAUCCUCAGCCUUGACUGCACACUCACUAUGGCAAAGAUGGCUUUGGACAUGAAGAUGCACAACACUUGCAAGUUCUUCAUUCACUUCUGCAAAAUGAUUCUGAACACAGGCUAUUUUGCCUUUCCCGACGAGAUCCAGUCGGCCGUGAGUCAUUACGACUGCUUCUUCAAGCUUUGGCAAUCAGGUCUCCAGAAACGUCCCAGUGCAUACACUGAGGUCUUGCUUAAUCUGAAUAACAUCUUGUUGCAAGGCACCGCCAAUGGUUUUGAGGACGAGUAUGUCCGCCAGGACAGGGACCGUGUUGCCCGCAUUGUUUCGAUCUGUAACAAUGACAAACACAACUUCCCCGGUCUCCAUCGUCGCCAGCGUGUCUGGAACACGCAGGUCAACCUAGACCGACCCGAAGGUUCCGGUUCGAUAUCAUUGUCCCCUUCUCUACCUGCUAGCUUGCGUGAAUCCAUCACCCGUACUGCCGACAAAUGUAUAACCGGACAGGAACAUUCAGAGGAGGAUGAAGAUGAGGAUGAAGACGAGGAUGAAGACGAGGGUGACGAUAAGGCUGAGCACAGCGAUCAUGGUGAUUUGAAUGAGCUUGAGGGAAGCGAUAAGGAUGGCUCAGACGAGGUCGAGGACAGCGACGAGAAGGAUGACAGUGAGGAUAAUCACGUUUUCAUUGGUGUCUUUAACCCUCGUCAUUCUCGCGGAGAGAGCACCUUCUCACUCCACACUGAGCCAACACCAGGUGGAACAAGAAUCAACAUCGUCCUCGGGCAGUCAUAG